UUAAACUCCAUCUAUGAGAUAAUUUUAAUAAUAUGGAUAACAAGGGUACCCAUAAUAAAUACAAUAGUACGGCUCUCCUAAAGCUGCAAUUCCUUCGUUUCAAUAGACAACACAAAAUCAAUAAUUGCAGACGUAACCAAUUGAUAUAAUAUGAAAGACAACAAAGCAGAUAAGGGAAUAGAGCAGAUGUUCAUCAUUUUGAGAGACCUCUUUAAGUAGUGCCAUAAGAGGACAUUGAGUAAAAGUGGAAGGAGAAAUGCUUAAGACUAGAGAUGCAUGUAUAUGAAUUACAAGUUGAAAUUUAAAGACUGAGAUUGCAAAAUAGUGGUGGCUAGAUUACGUACAUCUAGGAUGACACAAGAAUUAAUGAGUUAAUGUAAGCAAAUAAGGAGAUAAGGAAUUAGGAAUAAUAGAUGAGAAUACAAAAUAAGUAAUUGUUAGAGGAUUUGGAAUCUUGGAAAUCUAGAUAUAAGUUACUUUAGGAGUCGAAUUCAAAGAGUUCAGGCUUGGAUGAAGAGAUUAGAUAGUUGAAGAAGAAGAUAAAUGAAUUAACUGAGGACCUAGCAGGCAGUCACGAAUAAAUCCAAUUGAGAGAUAAUGAGAUUUUGAAUUUGAAGCAAUUAUUACAUGAUAAAGACAACGAGUUAGAUCAAUUGGAUGCUCGUAUCAGGGAGUUGGAAAUGAUGUGCGAGAAUUAUUCUCAAUCAGAAACACAAAUUAUAAGUCUCUAAGGAGAAGUGGAAUUGUGGAAGAAAAAGUUCAAAUAGGUGAAUGAGUAGAACUCAGAUUUGGCAGAGAAGUUGACUAUGGCUGAAACAUAAUUAGAAGCCAUUAAAAAGAGAUAGGUGACUGUCACUAAGGAAACUGAAGUUCGAAAGAGUGGUACUUAUGGGGGAGGAACAACUACUUCAUAUGAAUAGAAUGUAAUAAAAGGUGCUUAAUUAUUACAUCCAAGAGGUUCAUAAUAUUUAAAAUGA